GCGUCGGGUCAACAGUGUCACUCCGGCUGUACGCUCACGAACAUCGCCCGAACACGCGGCAAAGUCGGCAGUUUCGAAAAUAUCUAACGGAUAAACAUUAUCUGUGCUUUGUUUUUCUGACGGAUAUUUUUUGAUAAAUUUAUGAGUAUUAUUAAUAUAAUGUGAAAAUGUUUGCAGUGUUGUCAAUUAACACGAGUGAUUAGUGAAUUUUAUUUAAUUACUUUAAAACUUUAAGUGAUAUAUAUUUUUGUGUUAUUUAAAAAAAAAAAACAUAUUUAUGUUUUAAGCGAAAUCGCUUAGAACUUGUACUGUGGUUGUUUCUAUGGAGUGAAAUUGUUUUGAAAUAACCGGGCAACUGCUACACAAUUUAUUCGCAGCCGAAAGGCUUCGAGGCAUGCUAUAAUGUUGGUCGAGCCAAGUCCAACAGAAGCUACCAACUGGACAACGAAUUACAGCACCGUACCGAACUACUACAUCACGUUCUACGACGAGGCCAGCAAUCGGUAUUAUAAUCACACGAAAAAUGCAACUGAAGAAUACCAAUCAUUCAUCCUACCGUGGUGGCGUCAAGUGCUAUGGACGGUGCUGUUCGCAGGCAUGGUGGUGGUGGCGACGCUGGGAAACGUCGUGGUCAUAUGGAUCGUUCUUGCCAACAAGCGAAUGAGAAGCGUUACAAAUUAUUUUCUGGUAAACCUUUCAGUAGCAGAUACUAUGGUGUCAACAUUGAACGUCACUUUCAACUUUACGUAUAUGCUGUACUCGGACUGGCCCUUCGGUCACUUCUACUGCAAGUUUUGUCAGUUCAUCGCAGUGCUCAGCAUAUCAGCCUCCGUGUUCACUCUGAUGGCCAUCAGCAUUGACCGAUAUGUUGCAAUCAUGAGCCCUCUUAGACCGAGGCUCGGUAAAAGAGCCACUCUCGGCAUAGCCGCUGCUAUAUGGGCCGGUAGCUCCAUCAUCAGCAGUCCCAACAUCAUCUACUUCACAACUGACGUGGAUGUAUUACCAGAUGGAAAUACCAGACGAGUGUGUUUUCCCGAGUGGCCAGACAGCACCAGUGAGAAGCCUCAGUUCGAAUAUGUAUACAACGUAGCUUUUAUGGUGCUCACUUACUUCCUGCCAAUCAUAUCUAUGACGUAUACGUACGCGAAGGUCGGUGUGGAGUUAUGGGGUUCCAAGUCAAUCGGCGAGUGUACGCAGCGUCAGCUUGACAACGUUAAAAGCAAACGGAGGGUGGUCAAAAUGAUGAUCGUGGUCGUGGUGAUAUUCGCGGUAUGCUGGUUACCGUUCCACGUUUACUUCGUGAUCACAUCCUACUAUCCGAACGUGGUGACCUACCCCUACAUACAAGAAAUAUACCUCGGCAUCUACUGGCUGGCGAUGAGCAAUUCCAUGUACAACCCCAUUAUUUACUGUUGGAUGAAUUCCAAGUUCAGACGUGGAUUCAAGCAGUUCUUCUGGUGUUGCGGCGCGCUUGGUGGCGGCCUCAGUCGUCAUCGCGCCUUCGGACCCGACCGACUUGACCGCUCAAUGCGCUCGUUCUCACCUAGCAGAAAAAACGGCACAAGUUUAUUCAAGACUACCGUCAAAACCACAAAAUUCGUCAAAAAACCACCCGGCUCUCCUCAUUUGCUACAUGUAAAUAAAUUACACAAGUAGGAGAAGCGCGGAGGCCAAUCCUGAAAAUUGGUACGAUUCGAAUUUCGUUACACAGCACGUAUAACAAUCCGCUAAUGGGUAGUACCUGACAACGACGCGGGGCGUACGGCACACACGGCGACCGCGGAGCAAAUGACGCUCAGGCGCACAGCGAGGAACGUACAUGGAUAUGACGCGAGAACCGCCCGCGCCCCGCACUUACCCCGCAUGAUCUCUAUGGGUGAACUAAGUGAAUAGUGACCAAUCAUAUAAUUUAUUCGAAAUUUAAAUUAUUUUUGCAAACGUUGUGCAUUGAAUACUUUUGCUUAUUUUUUAUUUAUAGUGUUUAAUUAAAUUCAUGGUAUGGACCAAGUUACUUCAAAUAAAAAUAUUAUAUACUUACUUAACAAAUGGAAUUACGCAUGAUGAGGAAAUCUUGAUUUACAUUUAAAGAUUCCUAUAGAAUGAAAAAACAAAAUCUUCCACUCUGAAAGCUCGAGUAGGCCUUCUUAUGUCACCCCUGUUUCUUCUUUAGAAGGUCGGUCAACUUCAUAUGUUAUCCCUGUAUUAAUUAAUUUUAUUUAAGUUUUAAUAAAGACAGAAUAUUGUAUAUAUUAUUUGUCUCGUCAACAAUAAAUUGUCGUGCAAAACAUUUCAUUAAGCUCACUAAAGGCUGAUAAAACACAAGAUAUUAAAACUUCUAUUCACAUUUUAUUAAAUAAUAUUAAUUGAUGUCUUUUA